AAUCGACUCUGGAAUCGGCUCCAGAAUCGAAGUCGGCUCUCUAAUCGGAAAUGGCUCAUAAAUUAGAAUCGGCUACCAAACGGAGUCAGUUUCGGCAUCGCCAUAAAAAAGGCGUUUGGGUCCAAUCAUACUACGUAUUGCUAACCGCAAAAAUCCAAAUUUACUUGUAAAAGAUCCAUUCUCAUGGAGAUUCCCGGACUGAUUUUCCUCCGGAGUCAACAUCGGAAUCGGCUCCGGAGCCAACUCCGGAAUCGGCUCCGGAAUCGGCUCCGGAAUCGGCUCCGGAAUCGGCUCCGGAAUCGGCUCCGGAAUCGGUUCCGGAAUCGACUCCGGAAUCGGCUCCGGAAUCGGAAUCGAUUCCAUCAUCGGAAUCGGCUCCGGAAUUGAUUCCGAAGACGGAAUCGGAAUCGGGUAGGUCCGAUUCCGAGCUCCCACCACUAGUAUGGACUCAAUGCCUGCGCCUACACGCACGGUCCAAAACAGCCGAAGUCAUACAAAAUCAUGAAAAAGUCUGCGCCCUUUUGCUCCGGCAUCCUCGUGAAGUUUACCGAGCCGAACCGAAUAGUUGUGUUCGAUAAACAUGUGUGCGUAUCAGGUAGCAGCAUUUGUACUGCUUACCUGCCGUAAGCCGCUGUGAUACCGAGCGAGACGCAUAGACAACGCAUCAAAAGGACAUGUGUAGCCGUGAGGAAAUUUUUCUGUGUCUCUUUUGCCUUGUCCUUGCCUUUAGAUCCUGAUGAGUAAAGCAUGCAUACCUUUCGGGUACGUUCGGGGUAUAAGCUCUGUCCCUCUCAUGUUAAUGGUGAAGAUAGAAUCGUAUGCCAUCAGCUCUGCCUUCGGGCGUGGGCAGGCCUGUGGACGCCGUUUGUUCGCAGGCAAUGACAGCUGUUUGUUUAUAGCUCCCAGCGCCAGGACGAUAUUUGUUUUCCACCGAGUGUUUGGAAAUGAUCUGCCUCAACACAGUAUUUCCUGCAAAAGCGUUCACAUAAUUGUACAUAUUGUACAGCAAAAUGCAAACCUGCGUAUCGUGUAGAGUGAAAAAUAAUGGCAUGAUUGCUAUUUAUCAGCAUCCAAAUGGGUUGGAUGAGAUGUUUCACUCAAUUACCGACAUAAAGGUACAACCGGAAGAAUAUCUGUGUGUGCCGUGCUAUGAUGAUUUGAAGGUAGCAUAUCGCUUCAAACAGAGAUGCAUUCAGAACACGGCACCACGGUUAUCGUCUCGGGCUAAAAAGACGACACAUGCUCCUGCAGACCAGAGCGUCAUUAGUAGUUGUACGGAUGUUUACACAACGUAUGAUAAAUCUGUUCCGGAAUCGACCAUAAAUCAAAAUACAGAAAACAACAGCAGCAAUGGCAGGGCGAACACGUCUAAUAUUGCACCGGAAAUGUCAGAUCCUUCGCCGCUUCCCAAGAUAGAAUUAUGCAUAGAAAAUGAAACGAUACAACAGGAUGAUGUUGAAAUUAGCGAAGAACUCAUUGACCCGCUACAAGACGAGGAAGAUCAACCGUUAGCAAAUUAUAUAAUCGGGGUAAUAGAAAGCGCAACUAAUGACAAUGCACCAAAAGACAAAGUGGGUACCGAUGCCGCUAAAGAACAAAUCGGCGACCAAACAAUAACUGCAGCCACCCAAGAGAGGGGUCAAACCUCUUCUCUUCUACCGAAACUGCAUAGCCUGAUGUGUGAGUACUGUUUCAAAGAGUUUACCCUGCUGGCCGACAAGAUCGAACAUACCGAGUCGCACAAAUCGGAAGCGAAACCAUUCAAAUGUGUGCAGGAAGGUUGCGGCAGAUCAUUUAAAGACCGCGUAGGUUUGCGAUCGCACGUGCGCAUCCAUUCCGCCGUGAAGCGGUUCGGCUGUCGGUACUGCCCGAGGCGAUUCCACACGCUGGGCAAUCAGAUGGCGCACGAGCGAACACACAGCGGGGAGAAGCCAUUUAUCUGUCCAAAGUGUGGCAAAGGCUUCGCGGAGGGAGGCAAUCUCAAGAACCAUAUUCGCUUCCACACCGGCGAACGGCCGUACGCUUGCAAUCUGUGCGACAAAUCGUACAGAACGCACUACUCUCGAUCGGUUCAUAUGCGCUCACAUACCAACGAACGACCGUAUCUGUGCGGUGACUGCGGGAAAGGGUUCUAUUCGAGCGGCAAGCUGACCAUCCACCGCCGGACGCACACUGGCGAACGGCCCUACGAAUGUACGAGCUGUACGGCAAGGUUUUCCGAAACGUCCUCGCUUAGGCGACACAUGGUUAAAAAACACUUAAAUAAGUGAACAUUUAUUUAACUGUGCAGGGUAGUUUGCCAAUUGUUGCACACUUAAGGGAACAGCCAACGUAUUUCAUAAGUUUGAGAGGGAUACAACCACAAUAUUCAUGUUAUGUGUGUCUAGUUUACAUCAUUAUUGUUUAAAAAACAACAUACAUAUAUUUUUCUAUUAUUCAGGAGAAACAACUUUGCUGUAUCGCUUAAAAGUAUGAAUAUAUGUUGUAUUUUAAGCAGAAAAUGAUAAUGUCAAGAAAUACUGAUAUUUAAACCUAUUCAAAAGCCCAAUUCCAAAAUGUUGUACACUUACAAAAACUCAAAGUUCUAUUAUUUCACACCUUACACCUUUAAAUGCACUGAAACCGACGAAAAAGAAAUCGAUUCUAGAUAUUUUUCUAUUGAACAGUGUUUAGGACAAUACGAAACGCUGUUACAUUAACACGUUUGUGCUUGGUUCAAGCUGGAAUUCCGCAAAAUAAGUAGCAACUUGUGGCACUUGCUGCCAGACGCCAAUGGUAGACAAAAGACUCAAAAUUAAGCCACGAUGAAAAAAUAAGGCUUUGGACUGUGCAAUAAAAUAGGAUCGAAGCGCUCUCUUUGUUCUAAUUAUUCUAAAAAAUUAUUA